GCCACCGAUGUCGCCGACGACGACGACGUUCCCGACGACGCUGCGUUGGCUGUGUCGCUACGGACAUAUCGUCGACGGCACGACAGCACCGAGUGCCCUUCGCCAUUGGGAAGAGAAUGGCGUCUUCGAGGUCGAGAACGAGCUCCAAGGCGACACGAUGCCACUGCCCAAUGUGACGCUCGAGCACGUCGCGAUCUGCGACUGGUGGGCCGGCCACGGUACCCUCCAGCACUUGGAUACGUGGAUGCGCUAUCAUAUGCAGCACUCGUGGAGCCUCCCCCUCGCCUCGGUCGAGAGUACUCCGGGUCUUGGACCGCUUUUGCUCUGGCACGCGGGCCUCGCGGCCACUGCGCUCUCGUUCGCCUCGAGCAUCGACGUCCUGGCGCCGUUGGAACCCGGGGCACCGACCACGCCACCCGAAGCGCUGCUUCAGCUAUGGGUGCUCCUGACGUCCAUGCAGCCGAUGACCCCCCCGCUCGAUGAUAUCUUUCUGGUACAAGCGCGCCGUCUGCUGACCUACUACCCGAGUCAUUGCAGCUGGACACUGGCCACGACCGACACCACGCCCACGUCGCACUGCUCGUUUCCUGGCUGCGCGCUGUUCGUGCCCCGGGCGUGCACGCUCUCAGUGCCGCACCUUAUCUCGCUCUUGCAGUCGCCGUUGAGUUGGCCGAGCGAGCGCCUCGACAACGACGACGACCGCAUCGCGCUCAAGAUUGGCGGGCUCAGUAUUCUGCACGACCUGCUUCGACAGCUCACGAGCAGCGCGGCCAAAUGCGAGCUUCUCCGCGUCUUGUACGAGCGCCUCGAAGUCGACGUCGAUGCCGGUUGCUUCUCGGUGGUGUACAACGCGUGGCAGGAGCCGCGGGUCGUCUUUGGAUCGGCGUCGUCGUCGUCGUCACCGCGCAAAUCCAAGCGACGUCGUGACAGUGACGCGUCACCGCUGCAGAUACUGGAGCGUGAUUUGCACACGUUUCAUGGCCAUGUUGAGCACGGUAAACUCGCCAAGGCCAUCGAGAACCUGUACGUGCGGUCGGCCAAGGUCCUCGCCAGCGCCGAGAGCGACCCGUUGCUAAAGAAGCGGGCCCUAACCCUCUGGACCGUCCACUUUCACGACGUCAGUCUCAUUCGCCGAGCGGGCAUCUUGCACGUGCUUGGCGAUCUUUUGGCGACCGACGCACCGGCAUUUGCCAUGAACGCGGCGUCCGACGCCAUUUACAGCAGCCCCCACGCCGCUCCGGCGCACAGUUGUCUGCCGCCACGGCUUCGCCCGAUCGAAAAGCUUGUGGCCGGCGCGACGACGACGCGCAGCCUCCACAACGCAGCGUGGCACGUCUUUGCCUGGCUUGGGCGGCAGUUGAUGCUGUCGACCGAAGCGUCGACCGAAGCGCUCUCACGCCCGUCGUCGGCCAAACCGUCGUUGCACUGCACGUCGCCUCGAAAGCGGCUGUCGCUGCCACCCAAGCUUGUCUCGGCGACGCUCGACGAGUCGCUUGCUCAUACCUACACGGUCGCUCUCGACGAGCUGCGUCGCGUCGUGAGCCAGCUCGCCAAGUGGAACGCAUUAGCGCACAGUAUGGUGCUGUGCCUUGACGACAGCCAAGCCAUUCUUCUCGCAGAUCCCCACGUAGUUUCAAGUACGAACACGGUCUUUUUAUCGGUGAAGGAGCGCGCGUCGUUCGACUGGAGCACGGACGGCUUUGCGAUUUCACUCGUUCUCUAUUCGGAGCGUGACGAGAAGGAGGUCAAUGCUGCGACGCCGGGCGCGUCGAUGCUACUGCUGGCCAACGGCGAUGUGGCGACGCACGAGCUCGCGCUCAGCUUGUGCCCGGACGGCCGCAUCGGGCUGCAACUGCGCAUCGAGGGGACGUCGGUCGAUGUCGCGGUGGUGUCGGCGCGGCCCCUGCCAUGGGGACACUGGACGCACCUUGUGGGCCGGUUUAACCCGACCUCGCGGCGCCUCGAAGUAUUCGUCGAUGGCAUGCUCGACGCGCAGAGCGAGUGCAUCGAGGUUGCGGCAAAGUCGGUCUUGUCGCAUCAUACGUUUACAGUGGGUGGCUUCGUGCCACCGUCGGGCAUCCCGCCGCCGCACCCGCCGCACCUGCUCCUUGAUGACGUCGCUUUCCAUUUGCAUGUGCUCUCGGAGGAGAGCAUUACGAUCAUGGCGUCGGCGGGCUCGCUCCUCUUUCGAAUCCAGCAGCGCCAGGUGCUGGACAAUUACUGCGACCAGUUGCUGUCGCUGCUCGUGGCUCCGUCGCGGGCACUCCCACCCGUCGACGACGUCGUCAGCCUCGUCGUGGCCCUGUUUCCCGUCGCGCCACCACGUAGCCAUGACAAGCUGUUUUCGCUGCUGACGAAUCUACUGCCGGCGCUAUCCCCCGCGAGUGCGCUACGCGAGUCGGUGCUAUCGUUUUUGGUUCAGUGCUUUAGCGCCGCAUGGUUUGGGUCGGCCCACGAGACGUACGGGCCGCCGGGCCUCUCGGCGGCGCUCUCGACCCGCAAAGACUCGGUGUUGCUGCAUUUGCUCAACGCCCGGCAGCUCGCGCCCGACGGCGUCGCGACGUGGCUUUUGUUUGAGCAACCUGUGAAGGCCAAGUCGUUGCCGCUGCUGCGGGCGUCGCGGGCGCGGCUGGCGACCGGCGUGGUGACGCUGCUCGCGCACCUGCUGCAGUCGCCGUUGUGGCAACCGACGCUACUGGCGUCCUUGGAGGCGUGGGUCAAGAGUGCCGCGACGUGGACGGGCCAGCGCGGCAGUCUCGCUGAUACGGCAAACAUGGCCACGGUCGUACUCGCUGUGAACGUCGUGGCAUCGACGCCCGGUGGUCACCCACUGCCCGCGACCAUGCCGACGCUUGUAGCGUGGAGCCUUACGUCGUCCGUGAGCAUGGCCGGCCACGAAGCGCCCACCGUCGCGACACCGGUGUCGUCGGCGGCGGAGAUGCGCGAAGACAUUCAACUGGCACAGCACAUGCACUUGCGGUCGGCGCUGCUGCGGCUUUGCCGCCUCCAGGCACCGCAGACGGCCGCCGCCGACGCGCUGUUGAAACCGGGGUUGAUUGGGCUCCUCCAACUGGCGAUUCAGCCGUUGGCCGAGGCCGUCGCGACGGUUUUUGGGUCCGACUUUGAUAUCAUCAGCAAGCUCGACACGGUGCAAGCGCUGCUCGAGUGGAUCCUUGAUGACGCCGAGACGCCAACGGACGGCGGUCUGAAGCGCAAAUUGGCGCUAGAAAUGCUCUCGACGGUGCUUUUCGAGCGGCUUCCGUACGUCAACCCGCGCGAUGUGGCGCCGUGGUGGCUCGUCAACGCAACGCAAAAACUCCAAGUGCUCGGCGGCGAUGUGGAAAUGGAAGAGUACCGCGUCAAGGGUCUGCAACAUUUUCCCACCAUCAAGCUCACCGGUGUCUCGAUCACGGCGGGGACCGGCAUGUGGUUUUACGAAGUUGUGUUGCUUACGGACGGCCUCAUGCAGAUUGGGUGGGUGGACAUGGCAUUUGAAGCCAACGCGAUUCAAGGCCAAGGCGUCGGCGACCACACCAACAGCUGGGCCUACGACGGGUUUCGGCGCAAAAAUGGAACGUCGGCGCGCUCGAAUACGGCGACCGGUGGCACGUCGGCGACGUCGUCGGCCCUCGGCGUCGCGUUCGAGGGGCUACAUCUGACCCACGCCCUCUUUCCGGCCAUGUCGCUCAACGUCGACCAAGCGGUCCAGCUUCACUUUGCGAAGAACCAGUUCUUGUACUGCCCAACUCUCGAGAACGCCAAGCUGCAGCCCGUCGCGAAUGCUAUCGUGGGCGGCGUCUGCGAGCACAGUCCGAGCAAAGGCCGGCUCAGUGUCGAGACCGACCACGAAGCGGCGAUCGAUCGACGACGCACCGACCUCAUUGACGGUCUUAUCGGUCUCGGCUUUUCGCCAGAAUGGGCGCUCCGGUGCGCGCGCGAGACAUCCCUUGACAUCAACGAGAGCGCGGCCAUUGCGUGGAUCAUGGAGCAGAUGGAGGCCGACGCGCUGGCGGCGCGGCCAUCCCACGCAAGCCAGUACCGCAUGCACCACCUUCAGCAACUGGAUGGCUUUUGCGGGCACAUCGAGAAACCGGCGCUGACGGUGGACCGUCCGCAGUGGGAAGCCGUGGUCACCCAUACCGACGUGUCGUCCGAGCACUGCAAUGUCCUCCUGGUCGACGAGACGUGCGAGGAGGUGUAUGCGGACGAAGGACUCGUCGUCCAUGACGCCAAGCUGCCAAGUACGAGCGAGAAGCGGUCCGUCGGCUUCAUCUUGAGCCUCGCGGACCACUGUCGCGACGACGAGAUCUUGCCGUUGUAUGUGAUUGCGGAGACCGUCCUUUGCGUCUGGUCGGCGCAGGACGCGACCCACGAGCUGCUUCGCAGCGGCAGUCUCGCGUGCGACGAGAGACUGGCCCAGCACGCAUCACUCUUUUUGCAGUACCUCCAGCGCCGACUCGUCGACGACGCGACCGCCAAUGACAAUGGCGGUCCGUACGAAGUGCUUUUGCAGCAGCUCUGCGACGCGUCGCCGGCCUUCUUUGAGCUCCUCGUCCGCGAUCUGCUUUGCCACGUCCGCCGGGCGACUGCCAAAGACAUGGCGUCCACACCGCUUGCACCAGGGCAUGCGGGUGCGAGUGCUGGACCCAACUUGGAGUGGGCACGGUGGUUGGCGGCAGUCGUGCGCCGUCUCGCAACGACCCACCCGGCGCGCAUCGAUAGCCUGUACGCACCAGGCAUCUGGCAAGAGCUCUGGUCCGCACUGGGCGCGACACCAAACGCGACAGUGCGCCACGCCAUCGUGUCGGUCCUUGCGACGCUCCUCGACGAGCUGCCGUCGACGACGAUCGAGGUGUUGCAGCUGCAGUUGCGCGUGAAGCAUUUGAUCGAGUGGCUCGGCGAGAAGCUCCGCAAGACGAGACAAGCCCGCGUCCUCGCGUCGGCGUACACGCAGGCGAUCUUCCAGCUCACCAGUUGUCUCUACCGAUACGUCAACCCUAAGACCACAUCUCUUGUGGCAGCACCCCCACCCGCCUUACCAGUGCUGCUUGUCGAGCACGUGACGUCGUCGACGGUCGUCUUGUCCUGUCCCGUCGACGGUGCGACGGCGCUCGAACUGGCGAUGGAGACCGUGCACAGCAACGGGCACGUCGGUCUCUCGGACUUUGUCGAGCUCGUGGACCCGGUGGACUUGCACCGUCACCUGCCGUACACACUCUCGCACCUGCAGCCUGAGACUGUCUACCACGUCCGAAGCAUCGUUGGCGAGACGCGGUCGCCGUCGACGGUGGUGGAAACGCUGCCCGAAUCGGUGCUCGAGCUGGACGCCGGUGCGGUUGGCGGCAACCUCGAGCUUUUGCACCACAACAUGACGGCGCGCAACCGCGUCAACAAGAAAUGGCACGCGGUCCGCGCGUCCGUCGGCUUUACGUCCGGUGUUCAUGCGUGGGACGUCCGUAUCGACAAGUGCGUCUCGAAAAACAUCUUUGUCGGCGUCUGCACAUCCGACGCUUGCCUCGACAACUACGUCGGCAGCGACGCCUAUGGGUGGGGCUUCUUGGCCAACAAGGCCGUGUGGCACAAUAAGACCAAACUGCAAACGUACGGCGACAUCUUCAAGCAAGGAGACGUUGUCUCGGUCGUCCUCGACCUCGACGUCGGAACGCUCUCGUUUGCACGCAACGGCGAGUCUUUUGGCGUCGCGGUGGAGAACCUCCACGGGACGCAUCCGUCGGUCGUUGCACCGGCCUACUACCCGGCAAUUUCCAUGUACAACAAGGACGAUCAAGUGACGCUCUUGCCGUCGUCGUCGUCGGACGCACCGGUGCGGUCGUCGGUCGCCGGCGCGUCGUCGACCGUCCUCCUUGCCCUCGCUUCGCAUCACAAGCUGCUCGAGAUGCGGUCGCUGUCGCUUGCGUCGACAGCCGAGGCCUACGACCAUUGGUGCAAAUGGAUCGCCCGAGAAGAGGCGGUCGUAAUGCUCGACGACGGCACGUGGCUGCUCGUGACGACGACCCCGGACGCGUGCCGUCCGUUUGGCCUUUUUCCCGGCGACGUCAUCUUUACUUCCAAAGGCAUGUGUACGAUCCUCGGUGUCGCCAAGCACGAACUCUACUACUCGAUCGAGGCCCACGCGCCGACCGGGUCGCCCGAUGCGAUCGGCCGCUGGAAGGUGCACGUGUGCCGGGACAUGGUGGGGCGGCCGAGUGAGUUUCCCGUGACGCGCCGCCAUGACGCGCCGUACCCCUUGGCGCCACUUCGUCUGAGCCACGACGAAUUCCUCGAGGCGCAACGCCCGUGGACUCUAGCGCUGGAUGAAGCGCUUCUCGAGCAUGUCUAUACGACAUUGCACUUUCAGCGGUACUCGAGUGUCUUUGACGUCCACGCGAAUGACUUGGAGCCGGUCCCGCUGGCCUUGACGCCGAUCCAAUGCGCAGCCCGGCUCGCCUGGCUUCGCUACCUCAACCUGCAAGCGCACGUCGUGUUGCCGUGCAUAUCGCUCACCGACGCGUCGAUGCAAUGUCUUCGCCGACGCCUCUUUCGUCAGUUACCACUGCGGUACGCACGCGAGCUUCUCAAAAAGACCGCGACCGCAACGACGUUGCCGGCAACCGCCGCCGACGAGCUCGACGACGACCCGCCCGACCUCAUCAAGUGCAACAUCCGAGCACCGAGGCCGUGUACAUCGUUUUGGGAGACGAGUGGCGUCGACACCGGCACCGACGACGGCGACGACGAGACGGACUCGAACGUCUUUUGCCAGCUCGCUGCCUUUUUCGCGUCGGCCGGCACCCGGGAACUGCGCCGGCAGUACGCGCCGCCACCACCGCCGUACGCCGAUGGAACGGCACCGAUCGUAACUCGCACCUUCCGGGUGCACUGGGAGGCGCCUGAUGCGACGCUGCCGCUCGAGCCCGCGGCGGCGUACGCCCAUGUGCUCAACGAAGCUGCUCGCGUCGUGCAGUCGCCGACGUACCCUCUCUUGGCGCCGACGCGGUCGUCAACGCUCUGGUUCAACUUGCCGUUCUUGCGUCCGACCGACUGUUUUGCGCUCGGGCAGCUCGCUGGGAUUGCGUGGCGCAGUGGCGUGCACCUGCCGUGGUACUUUAGCCCGCUGCUGUGGAAGUUGCUGGUGCGCGAGCCGGUGACGCUUCACGACUGGGCACCGGUCGUCGACGACCCGACCGACGUUGCUCUGGCUCUGGACAUGCCCAACUGGUCGACCGACGACUUUGCGUCGCAUGCGGUCGCGUUCGAGAACGAUAUUGUCACGCAAGCGACGGCGCCCCGCUACAUUGCAGGGCUCCUCGAAUCGCUGCGCACUCCGUACAAGCCAUACCUUGAGGCCUUGCAGCGCGGGCUCAUGAGCGUCGUUCCGCCGACCUGCCUCGGUCUCUUCUCGGCCGCAACGCUCGCCGCCCACCUCUGUCCGGCCGCCAAGCUCCUCGCCCUGCAGGCGCGCACACAGUACGCGGGUGCGUUGCGCCGGACGUCAACGGUCGUCGCGUUCUUCUGGCGCAUCUUGCAUGCGCUGUCACUGGAUGAGAUGCACCUCCUCGAACGGUUCAUUGUGGGGCCGCACUGGAGCCCGUACGGGACGUUGCAGCUGACGCUGUCGCCGGGCGACGCCCAUGGGGGCGGGUACCCACGCGUGGAGCGGUCGGCCUCCGAUGCCUGCGUGCUCGUGCUGCCAUUGUACCCGACGCAGGACAUGCUGCACAAGAAGCUGAUCUUGGCCAUGACGCAGUCGCCCGACCAGUACGACGACGACGGGAAUGACGACAACGACGACGACGACGAGGCCACGUAA